CCUAGCAUAAAAACUGAGAAAAAAAAGGAGAAGCGGCGGAAGAGAAAAAAAGAGGCAGUCGGAGAGGGGAGUCCGAGAGGGUCGCCGGAGAGCUGAAAAAAGAGGAAAGGGUCGCCCAAAGUCUGAUUUUAAGCUUCAAAUCAACCUCGAUUAGCAUUAAUUUGAAGCUAGGGAUUAAGGUGAUUUAUUUGUCGAGCUGCGCGUAAGAAUAUUGCUAGGCAAGAUUGCAAGGGACCAAAUUUCAGCUUGAUUAUCAGGUCAUAGACAUGGCGAACAUUGGAAAGAGGGCAAUUCAUUAUUUGCAUAAACUAAGUGCCGCAAACAUCCCAACUGAUCUAAUUGAGAAAGGCCAAAACCGUGUUAUAGAUGCAUCCCUUACUUUAAUUCGAGAGAGAGCAAAACUUAAGGGCGAACUUGUUCGGGCUUUAGGCGGCGCUGUAGCAUCUUCAUCUCUUCUUGGGAUUCCUCUGGGACACAACUCAUCAUUUCUCCAAGGGCCAGCUUUUGCUCCUCCGCGUAUAAGGGAGGCCAUAUGGGAUGGAAGCACAAAUUCCACGACUGAAGAAGGAAAAGAACUAGAAGAUCCUCGAGUGUUAACAGAUGUCGGGGAUGUUCCUGUACAAGAGCUACGAGAUUGUGGUGUAAAUGAUGACAAAUUGAUGCAUAUUAUAAGCGAGUCUGUAAAGCUGGUUAUGGAAGAAGAACCGCUGCGGCCUUUGGUUCUAGGGGGUGAUCACUCUAUAUCAUAUCCUGUUGUAAGAGCUGUAUCUGAAAAGCUUGGAGGGCCUGUGGAUAUUCUUCACCUUGAUGCUCAUCCUGAUAUUUAUCACGCCUUUGAAGGAAACAAGUACUCUCACGCAUCUUCCUUUGCACGAAUAAUGGAGGGAGGCUAUGCCAGGAGGCUGUUGCAGGUUGGUAUUAGAUCAAUCACCAGUGAAGGUCGUGAACAAGGGAAAAAGUUUGGCGUGGAACAAUACGAAAUGCGAACAUUUUCAAAAGAUCGCAGCUUUCUUGAAAAUCUGAAACUCGGUGAAGGUGUAAAGGGUGUGUAUAUAUCAGUGGACGUGGACUGCCUAGAUCCUGCAUUUGCUCCAGGUGUCUCUCACAUAGAGCCGGGAGGUCUCUCCUUCAGAGAUGUUCUAAACAUACUCCACAACCUCCAAGCUGAUGUUGUUGGUGCAGAUGUGGUUGAAUUUAACCCCCAACGUGACACAGUUGAUGGUAUGACUGCAAUGGUUGCUGCGAAGUUGGUGAGAGAAUUGACUGCAAAAAUAUCAAAAUGAACAAUACUUGCACAACCAGUUAACCACUUCAAGACUCUUACGGUGCUUUCUCCCAUGUAUCAUUCUGCCAUGGAUCCGCUUCGCUAAGCUUGAUUUUACUCACUAGUCACUAGUCAGAUUUGUUGCCCGAAUUACCUUAUAUCAGCUCAUGAUUUUUACUUUCAUCAAAAGCACAUUCUUACCAUAAAGUCAAUGGCCACGAAUUUUUCAAUGUUCUAUGAUAAUCACACAAUAUUGCUUCACAUAUUGUUCUGUAACCGUUCAGUCCAUCAGUAUUGAUGUUUCACAUAA